UUUCAAAUGAGUUUGGAUACUAGACGGCCGUAGCCUCAACAACACAACGUCUUCGCGGGUCUGAACUUGUACAAGGAUUAAUACAUGCGGAAUACAUGUUCCUAAGGAUUGCAGUGAAAACUACACAAGUUUGGGUAAAGUUCAUAUACACUUGGUUCAAAUGUCUGUUGCCUUCGCAAUAAUUACAUUUUAAGAUGGGACUGAUUCCAUCAUUGAUCUGGACAACCGAGAGUGUUCAAUUCAAGCUUCCUUUACACCUGUGACCUGACACUGGACCGUCUUUGUUUGAGGCGUUAAUCGGCUAUGCCAAUGGAUGGCAAUGCAAACAUGACAAUAGUAUUCCCAUGGUUGAGUUUAACCAUAAAAAUAUGACAAUGAAUACGUAUUAAACAGCUGGGGAUUCACCCGUGGAUGUUUUUCCAAAUUGCAUUCAACAUGCGAGUGUGUUACAUGUAAAGACAACAACGCAAGAGUUAAGGAAUUGCGCGUAGCCCACUGGGCUUUCAAAUAAGGUGCUGUGGGGAUGGCGCGCCUGCUGAACUGCCUCUUGCUGGGGUACCUGACCUGGUAUCUACGGAUAUCAGACGCACAAGGGGAGUAUUGCCAUGGGUGGCUGGAUAGUAAUGGAAAUUACCACGAGGGCUUUCAGUGUCCGGAGGAUUUCGACACCCUGGACGCUACAGUUUGCUGCGGGUCUUGCUCCCUGCGGUAUUGUUGCGCGGCCGUGGAUGCGCGAUUGGAUCAGGGAAGCUGUACCAACGACAGAGAACUGGAGAACACUGAGUUUGCAGCCCAGCCCAUCUAUGUGCCGUUCCUGAUGGUGGGCUCAAUCUUCGUGGCUUUUGUAGUAGUGGGCUCCCUGGUUGCAGUCUACUGCUGCACCUGCCUGCGGCCUAAGCAGCCCACCCCGCAGCCCAUCCGCUUCUCCCUGCGCAGCUGUCAGGGAGAGACCAUCCCGAUGAUCCUGACCACCGCGCCGCCUAGUCUCCGCACCCCGUCGCGCCAGUCCAGCACAGCCACCACCAGCUCCAGUUCAGCCGGCGGCAGCAGCUCGGUGCGCCGCUUCUCCCUCGGAGGUCAGGGGCAGCAGCAGCACGGUGGGUCAGUGGCGGCAUCAUCCUCUGCGCCCCAGCCCCUGUUGCCCCCACCUCCGCCCCCCCCAUACACAUCCCCAGCCCCCUGCACGCCAGGCGGCCGACAGCACUCCUCCGGCCACCCUCAUGGCCAGCUCCAACAGCACCCCCACCCGGCCCAGGGAACGGGCUUCCUGCUGCCUCAGCAGUACUUCUUCCCCCUGCAGCCGGAGCCAUUCCCCGGGGCCAAGGGCUUUGCCGACUUUGGACAAAGCUGACGGGGCACUUCCUGGAUAUGAGGAGGGGGACUAAAGGAGCACAUUGUGGGACAUGAGUGGAGUCUGGUCCAUUAGGAAGCAAAUAGGGACUACUUGAGUCUUGGAGUUUGUUUUAUUCUGGCAAACGCUUUAAAACCAUGCUAAACAUGACUCCAGUGUGCUGUGUCGGACAGACCCCCAGUCAUAGGACUGGCCUGGUGCACUGUGCAUCAGUUGGCCUGUUGAAUGGAAACUAGGAAACAGGAUGAUGAGACGGGGAUCAAGAUAAACCACAGUAACACCUCCUAGUUGAGCCGAGUAUGUUUCUUGGUCAUUGUUUUCAAUGGUAUGCACUUUUUUAUAUUAAUUUCUACAUAAACAAGAUUCUCUGUAA